CGCCGUGGCCGCCGCCGCCAUUUCCUGUCCAACCUCCGGCGCGUCAGGGAUUCUGGUCCACAAUGGCUGAAGAGCAAGAGAAAGACUUGCAGAAAUUUCUUAAAAAUGUGGAUGAAAUCACCAAUUUAAUCCAGGGGAUGAAUUCUAAUGACCCAGUCGUGCGGCAGAAAGCUGUCCAGGAGACAGAAAAAAGACUACUGCUUACAGAGAAAGACCAAGACGAGGAUGAAUGCAGGACCACCUUGAACAAGACCAUGAUCAGUCCUCCAGAAGCUUCUACGAAGGAUAAAGAUGCGAUAAACUCAGAGGCCUUCCUGGUAUCUUUAGAGAAGGAUGCAAAGGAACGAGCCAGAAGGAGACAGGAAAACAAAGUCUUCGCAGAUGCCCUAAAGGAAAAGGGGAAUGAAGCAUUUGCCAAAGGUGAUUAUGAAACAGCUGUCCUGUGCUACAGUGAGGGUUUGAAGAAGCUGAAGGACAUGAAAGUGCUGUAUACCAACAGAGCCCAGGCUUAUAUAAAACUCGGGGACUACCAAAAGGCACUAGUGGAUUGUGAGUGGGCUCUAAAGUGUGAUGAAAAAUGCCCAAAAGCCUACUUCCACAUGGGAAAAGCCAACCUGGCCCUCAAGAACUACAGUACGUCCAGAGAAUGUUAUCAGAAGAUCUUAGAAAUAGACCCCAAGCUGCGGACACAGGUGAAAGAUUGCCUAAAUCAAGUAGAUCUUCAGGAGAAAGCAGAACUUCAAGAGAAGGAAGCCCACGAAUUGUUGAAUUCAGGGAAGAACACAGCCGUGACCACCAAGAAUCUCCUGGAGACCCUUUCCAAGCCUGAUCAGAUCCCUUUGUUCUACGCAGGCGGGAUUGAGAUCCUGACUGAAAUGAUGACAGAGUGCACAGAACGAACUUUAUUCAGAACACACAGUGGAUUCAGUAUCAUCGGUGACAAUGAGGUCAUAAGAAGGUGCUUUUCCACAGCAGGAAAAGAUGCAGUCGAAGAGACUGUCUGUGUGUCUGUUCUCAAGCUCUGGCAAGCAGUGUGCAGUGGGAACGAGGAAAACCAGCGCCUGCUGGUGACACGCCCCAACAUGGGCGAGCUGCUGCCCUCCCUCUUGGACUCCAGAGUCAUGGCCAUCCGGCAGCAGAGCCUGGCCCUGCUGCUGCAGAUCGGCCAGACCGAGAAUGGACGGAGCCUGAUCCUCAGCCACCUUGACCUGACCCGAUUGUUGGAGGCCCUGGUGUCAUUUCUUGAUUUCCCAGAUAAGAAGACCAGCACUGCCAUGGGACUGCUCACAGACUUGGCUCUGGAAGAAAGGUUCCAAGUCUGGCUCCAGGCCAACCUUCCAGGAGUUCUCCCUACAUUCAUAGGUGUUCUGAAGAGAGAUCCCAAGAUCACCAACCCCUCAGCUCUUUGCCAGUGUAUUGCUAUCAUGGGAAACCUUAGCGCUGAUGCUACCACCCGAAGACAGAUGGCUGACUGUGAAGAAUUUGGGGACGCCUGCUUGGGCCUCAUGGCCAAGUGUGAGAAGGAUAUGGACCUGUUCAGAGAGGUCAUGUAUACAUUCCUGGGUCUCUUGAUGAACUUGUGUCUGCACUCCCCCUUUGUCUCUGAGGCUUGGGCCAUGGAGGUGAGCAGAAGGUGCAUGGCACUACUGAACAGCCAGGAUGGAGGAAUCUUAACAAAUAUUCCUGUGGAAAUUGGAUAUGCUGAGUGA